UGUUUUUUAUGGGUUUUUCAUUUUUUCGACAGCAGACAUCAAAACAAAACCCUCAAAGAACUCAACUUUAACUACAGUACGAUAGUAACCCCACCCCCCCCCCCCCCCCCCCUUCUCUCUCUCUCUCUCUCUCUCUCUCUCUCUCUCUCUCUCUCUCUCCAUCUCAAAAUAUACACCCAAGAAAGCAAAAAACUUGGAAAAAAAACCAAACAGAAAUGAAUGAAUUUGAUGCAACAAACAUUUUGUUCAACAAAAUCAGAAGAUUAGACCCAGAAAACGCCUCAAAGAUUAUAGGUUUUAUCCUCAUUCAUGACGUCAAAGAAACAGAUUUGUUGCGUUUAGCCGUAGGCCCUGAAACCCUUCUGCAAUCUUUGAUUAUCAAAGCCAAAACUCAGUUGGGACUUUCGGCAAACACUUUAUCUGCACCCACUUCGCCUUCGCCCAACCCCAUUGCCACACUCGGUAACGCGACAAACAGCAAUGUUAACGGCUACCCAUUUGCGAAUCUAUCUCCUAGAGUUAGCAAUGGGUUGCGUGAGUUUGCAAAAAACUCAUCUUUACCCGACCCAAAGUCAAGUCCUUUUCUUUCAUGUGAAAAUAUACGUGCAGGGUCUUGUUUGGUACCUUCGCAUCUCAAAAAUGUUGCUGAGAGUGGUAGUGACUUUGUGGAUGAGCUUCAAUUUAAUGAUUAUCUUUCAUUUUUGGAUGAGUCCUCAAAAAAUGAGGAUUUUAUUGGUGGUAGCAGUCGACUGGGCUGUGAAGGGGAUUGGGGCGGGGGUGUGAGUAAUGUAGAUACCCAUUUUCAUAGAAGAAGUUUCUCAGCUAGUGAUGCAUGUAUUAGCAGUGAUGAUUCAAAUUUUAAUGUUGGUUAUAAGCCUUGUCUAUACUUUGCUAGAGGCUUUUGCAAGAACGGGGACAAUUGCAAGUUCAUCCAUAGCCAUUUUGGUGAGAGUGAUGGAAAUGCUUUUCUGGUUGGUUCUCCUAGUCAAAUGGAGGGUAUUUAUCGGCAACCUGAAGAUAUGAUGAGAAUGAAAGCAGCUUUGCAGCAGCAGAGAUUGGCUGCUUCACAGUUUGCGGCCGGGGCCUCGCCGCCAACGCCUUAUGACUUGCUUUUGCUACAACAAAACGAUACCCAGAGAGCGGCUGCUGCAGCAUUGAUGUUAGGUGAUGAACUUUACAAGUUUGGCCAUGGCCAAGCAGAAAGCAAUGACUAUUUGGCAAUGGGAUUGGGAGAGAAGGGGAGUUCGGUGAAUAGACAGAUUUACUUGACAUUCCCAGCAGAUAGCACAUUUACGGAUGAAGAUGUUUCUAAUUACUUCAGCACUUUUGGACCAGUGCAAGAUGUCAGAAUCCCAUACCAGCCGAAGCGAAUGUUUGGGUUUGUCACUUUUGUCCACCCAGAGACUGUGAGACACAUUUUGGCCAGAGGGAAUCCUCAUUUUAUAUGUGAUUCACGUGUGCUUGUCAAGCCCUACAAGGAAAAAGGAAAACUGGCAGAGAAGAGGCAACAGCAGUUUGACAGAGGGAAUUUGUCAUCAUGUUCAAGCCCUUCUGGGGUUGAUUCCAGAGACCCAUAUGACCCUCUUGGUGCAAAGAUGUUCUACCAAACACAAAACUUGAUGUUGAGAAGAAAAUUUGAUGAGCAACUUGAGCUGCAGCAAGCGAUUGAAUUCCAAAGUAAAAGGCUUAUGAAUCUACAACUGCCCAAUUUGAAGAAUCAGCCUAUUAAUCAUCACCAGCAUAGUCUAUCAGUUGGCAAUUAUGUCACCAUACCUGCUCAUAAUGAUAUCAACCAGAAUCUCAUUCUUCCAUCUGGUGGUAUCAACCAAGAAGUGUUGGAAGGUGGUUUUUCAACUGCCAGUAUUCCCUCAACUGUCACUGCUAAUACAGAGCUACAUGCUCAGCUAGAAGCGAAGCAAGCUAGUCUUGAGAAGGGUGGUUGUGGUGAUAUGAAGGAGGAAAGCUCCAACCCAGUAGGGUGUGAUCUCCAUGAACGAAGUCAUGGUAGCAGCGUCGAGCUCACUCUCCCUGAUAACCUCUUUGCUUCUAUAGAAAAGCCAGCUGAGGGUAGCACACCUGACUUAUCCACUGCUGCAGCUGUCAAUGAAAGCACUGGAAUCUCAGCUACACCAUCUUCUGAAAUUAACAUAGAGUUGCCCGAUGGUCCUGCUACUGAUGUGGCUUCACAUUAAUAUAUUUUUUUUAAAUGCCAAGGUUUUAUGAUGGGCAUAAAGCUAUCAAAAUGUCGGUAAUAAAGAAAAGUAGAAAAGCAUAUACAAAGAAGAAGAACCCUCUUAAGAUGUAUAGCCAAAGAAUACCUGCACUGAAGAGUAGAUCAGUAGAAGCAUCAAUAGAAAUACUACUAACAGCAAACGCAUAGCGGAUACAUAAAUGGUAGAUGAACUGAUUCAUUAGAGUAGGGCUAUUUCUCUUUUCUACUUUCUAGAUGUGUACUUCAUAAUACAGACUAUAAGCCUGAACUACAAGGGAUUAAAACUCUUGUUGCACAGUCAUAAAUAGAUAGUUUUCCCCCUUUUACCAUCCA